AUGCGCCGCGGCCGUACCACAGCGCCCAGCGUGUCCCGCGCUUGCAAGAUGGCGGCGCCCGGGUGCGGCUCGGGCCCGGACAGCGAUACCGGCUCGGACUCGGACUCGGACAGCGGCGGUGAAGCGGCCGCGCGGUUCCGGGAAGCUGCCUGGGACUGCACCGCGCAGGAGGCGGCGGCGCGGGCGGAGCCGCACGGCGGGGGCUUUAGAAAGGACCGGUUGCAGCUUAAAGAUCAGCCAAGCCUGAGGCGUGAGGCAAUCAGCCGUGAGGAGGGUGACAAUGAGCUCCAAACGACUCCAGAGUUCAGAGCACACGUUGCAAAGAAACUGGGAUCCAUGCUAGACAGCUUCAUCACUGUCUUCAAGGACCCAUCAGGACCAUCACAGACUUUGGUGGUACAGUCUGACUCUGAGGAUGAUGGUUUUCGCCUCUUCUCUUCCUCUGUCCCUGGAGACUGUGGGAAACCGGAGCCUUGCCCUGCAGCAAGGAGGAGGAGGCCAGUUAGCUCCAGUGACUCAGACAGUGACCAAGAGUGGCAAAGGUACCGGGAGGCUGCCGUGUCACCUGCGGAUAUUCUGAAGCAAAGUGCUUUUCCUGCAUUGUCCCAGGGUUCCAGCCAGGAUCAGAAUCAGAGUUAUGUAGAGCCCAACCAGAAAAAAAAAAAAAAGAAGAAGAAAACUGGGAGACAGAACAAUAUUCAAGAGAAAAUAAUAGACCCAGCAGAGUGUGACCAGAUCUGCAAAGAUUUGCCUCAGUUGGUGUCUGCAAAUGGCCAACAGGAGAGACAGGACAGCAAUCACAGAGAGAACUCUGUGCUGCCAGGAGCUGUGAAGAAGAAAAAGAAGAAAAAAGAAUGAUGAUUUUGCUCUACAAACGGCAGGUGGUUGUGAUGGGUGAGGGAAACUGAAAGAAAACCUAACAACAAGAUUUGCUGCAGAUGAGGGAAAAUUAAUUGGCAGAGCUUCUGCUCUAAAAGCUCAGUGGCCUGAGAGACUAAUUAAGUGACUUCCUGUGCUACUGGCAUCCCCAAGGAAGGGAACAUUGUUCUCCUCACACAGCAGCAGUCUGUGCUGCUGCUUAUGCAGGCCCAAUCUAAAAGUAUUAAAUACUGUGCCAGACUUGCAUGGCAGAGGGAUAUGAUCAUAGCUGCAUUCCUCCUGGUCUGUUCUUCAUAUCAUGAAACUCUUCUGGAGAAAGUAUAUGAUGAAUUGAAUUUGGUUUACAUGGCAACAGGUGGGAGAAGCCUUUAUUUCCCUGAGGUGGGUUCUGAAUUGCUGCUUUGGACCAGACCCUGCUCAAGCAGAGGUUCAGAGCUGUGAAGUGCUCAGGACCAUUCCCCGGCCCUUUCCUCUGGAGCUGCUUCACAACCCAGAGCCCAGCCUGGAGCCGGGCUGGGCAGAGGGAAGAUCUGCUCUGUGCCCAGCGCACCACGUCCCCUCCCUGCAGGGCGUUAACAGAGCGCUGAUGGAUACGGACGACUUUGUGUGGCUAAAAACAAAAGUUCUGAUGCUGCUGCUUCUGCUUGCCUUGAAGACCUUCAGCUGUAGAAGUUUCUUUUGAACUUUGAAGUCUAUAAAACGAGAAAUGCACAUCUGUUUGUCUGAUGGGACCUCCCUGAAUGCUACAACUGGAUGCCAUGUGGAGAAUACUUAGCUGAACAAGGAAACAUUUAAAAUACCAACAAGGAGGUAAAUAUUCUCUGUCACUUUAUCCUGAAGAGCUUUUUCCCUUGGUCUAUCAGAAUUGUCCAUUUUAAACUAUAGGAGCCUGGACAAUUAGCAAAAAAAGCAAAUAAACUUACCCACUUUCAUCAUUCCAUUAAUUGGAACCUGUCAGACUGUGCCAGUGAAUGGCUCAGCCCCACUGAGUAUCUCAGAUUCCUCAGUGCAGGAAAGCUAGUGAGCUUUUCAGUGUUUCUUAAAUGUUAAAAAUAGCUAGUGGUCAGACUGAAAGGGAUUCCUGUUGUGAAUUAGCCAGCAUCCCUAUUUUAUAGCCUGGCAUUAAGGAUUGCAAUAUUAUAUUUCUUAGAUUAUUACAAGUGCAGUUGUGAGGUGAUGAAAGAAUAGCAGAGGUCAAGGAUGGAAGUUAGAUUAAAGUUCUAUUGGAGGAAGAGCUCAGUUGCAGAGUGCCAUAAUCAGACAAUUCUCCUGUAGCUGAAUUGUACUCAGGGAUUGUGCCUUGAGGAUGAAUAUUUGAAAUAAGGGGACUUGGGUUUCCUAUACACAUUUUUUAUCUAUUACAACUGCUUACUAUAUGUUAAUUUCCUUAAUUGUAACCAUUUCCCAGGCCAUGACUUGAUUCUCAAGUCACUCUGAUUAAUAUAAUCUUGGUCAUUGUAACAUGGAAAGCUUAAAGUUUGAAGACACCAAGAGAUACCUGCUUGUUUUUCUCACAUUUGUGGUAUUUGGUUUUGUAUUAACUGUUCCAAAGUAAUCUCUUCUCCCCUGUAUCAAAUAAAGUGAGCAAAUUACUUAAACUGAAAACACUGCAUGAAAGUAUGAAUGGGUACACAAUAGGAGUGUUAUUCUGAUUUUACAUGUACUGGUCUGUAUUCUGCUUAUUGCACUGGAGCAAACCCAC